ACCAAAGCCCCGGACGACACCACUGACACCCUUUAUGACAAUUUGGAAAUAUUUUGCUUCCAUUUUUACGUUUCAUCAGAGGUGAAUUUGGUUUUCAUCAGCAUGAGUGGAUAAGGAAGUGGCUACUAUCUACAACAAAGACGUUUUGGCUCAGCUCAAUUGUCAUAAACAUGGAGCCAUUGCCACUUCCCCCUCCAGCACCACUUGAUCCAGAAAGGAAAACACUAAUAGACAAGUUGGCUAUGUUUGUGGCAAGAAAUGGACAUGAGUUUGAAAAGUUGACCAGAAACAAGCAAAGGCAUAAUCCCAAGUUUGCCUUUCUCUUUGGUGGUGAAUAUUGCAACUACUUUCAGUACAGAGUGGCAGCUGAAAAGUCAGGUCAAGGUCAUCACCACGAUGGAAUCCCAGUCAGCCAGCAUCAGCAACACCAGCUCCACAUGCAGCCGGGCUAUGCAGCUCCCCCUCCACCGCGGGGAUUCGGUCCGCAGCAGGCACAUGGUCUUUCUGUCCCGCCCCUGGAGCAGCAGAUGGCGUACCCUCCCCAGACGGUCCAGCACAGCCUGCCACCUUUUCCCCAGCAGCCAGCACUUUCAGCCGCUGGGCUGGGGUACCCGCACCAGGACAACCGCCCCCAGCAGCAGCUGCAGCUGUCGGCGGCGAUAAACACCGAGCAGCGACCGCAGCAGCAGCAGCCCGCCACGGCGGCAGCGGGCGCGGCCGCCGACCCGGAGCUCUCGCAGCUGGCCCGACAGACGGGCGUGCCGCCGGAGAAGCUGGCCAGCGUGCUGGACGAGCUGCUGCCCCCGGUGGCCGCCGCCUCUGCCGAACAGAUGCUGGCCGCGUUCGUGAUGAAACGACUACAAGCCGCUGCGGGGAUCUCGUCUGCAUCAGCCGCCAGCGCCUCCCCGGCUUUGGCGGUCUCGGCAGCUCCGGCAAGCUCCGUGGCCACGUCAGCUGCAGCUCCGGUCGCCGUCUCCGCUCACACGGCUGUGGAGACAUCGCCUGCUGUUCAGCGCAGCACCUCAGACAGCGCGUCGGAUACCGCCCAGGCCGCAGGCGCCGUUACUGCCAGAGAUGAGCCAACUAACGCGGACAGCUCUUUCGCACCGAGUCGGGACACUGCAGGUGGAGACGUCGCGAAAUCGGUGGCGCCUACCAAUCCUGCACCAGCGAAACCGGAGGUGGGAGGCAGCUCACAGAAUGUGACCGAUCAAGGACCAGACGCCAAACGGCCGCGCCUGGACGGACCAGAGGCGGCGCCGGUAGCUGAACACCCAGUGGGUGCGGCUGCAGGCUCGGGCUCGUCUUCUGCCUCUCUACCAACAUCGGGCGCUAACUCAGCCGCCGCCGCCGCCCCGGCGUCUGACGACGGCAUGGACGAGAUUGCUGCCCUGAAGAGGACCGUACGCGACCCGGACGCUCUGUUCGCGCUCAGCGUCGCCGAAGCGCUCAAACGUCUUCCGAUGGAGGGAAAGGCAACGCUCAAGAUCGCCAUUAUGGAGGUGGUGGCGGAGAUCCGUACCGCGGAAAAGCCCCCGGCGGAAGUGACAAACGGCACGGCGGUCUCAGCCCCGCCGGAGACCGCAGCUCAGGCAGAGAUGUCGGCCGUGCCAGUGGAGCAGGUAGACAUUAGCAAACCGCCGCCGUCCGUUACUGGCAAUGUCGAGGAGGACAACCUCUCGGAGGCUUUCUUCAUUGGCGAGGAGGAGGCGGCGGCCGCUUCCCGGACGAGGGAGGCAGUUGAAGAGUCGGAGCCGCCGCUGGCGCCGCCGGUGAAGAAACAGUGCGUGCCAAAGAGCGCCCCGUUCGCCGAUCAGCUGGCGGAUGCUAAGGCGCGUGCGGCGGCCAUGGCGCGAGAGGCUGCCGAGCAGAGUCGUGCUGCACGUGAGAUGCACCUGCACGUGCCACCGCCCGGGUAUGGUCCGCCGCCGCCGGCCGGCGCGACUCCGAACGGCUCCGUGCCUCCCCCGGGCCCGCCGGCCGGCCCCGCUCCGGGCUGGCCGGCUCAGGUGCCGUACCGACCCGGGCAGCCUGCUCCGCUGCCGGGCGCUCCUUACGGUCAGCGGGCCGCCACCGGUCCGCCCGAACUACAGCCAAUCCGGCCGCUGAUGGCUCCUACCUGCUCGCUGGACGAGCUGCAGCAGCAGCAGCUGAGCCAGGAGCAGAUCCAGCAGCAGAUCGCGCUGCUGCAGCGACUGGCAUCGGUCCAGCAGCCGCAGCAGCAGCAGUACCAGCCACAGCAGCAGUAUCAACAACCGCAGCAGCAGCAGCCCUAUCAGCAGCCACCACCGCAGCAGCAAUAUCAGCCACCACCGCAGCAGCAAUAUCAGCCACCACCGCAGCCGCAGCCGCAGUAUCAGCCGCAGCCGCAGACACCCGACGAGCAGAUCGCACUGCAGCUUCAGGCGGCGGCCGUCAUGGGUGUGGAGCCGAAGGGACAGGAUUGGGACACCGCUCAGUAUCCCGGUCAGCAGGUGAACGGACCAGCCAGCGGCCAGCCGGCCGGCUGGGGACGGCCGCUGCCGGCCCCCGCUGCCGCCAUGCCUCGCGGUGAGCCGCUGCAGCGGGCCGCUGCUGAGCGGCGACACCGCUCACCCGUGCGCCGCUUCCGCCGCUGAGCGGGCCGCUGAUGUCUGGGUUGGGGAGGGGAACAAUACCGCCGAGUUUUGUUGUGUGGGGGGGGGGGGGAGGGGGAUGGUGAGUCAUUACCGGCGCUGAAGCCACUUCUGAGAGGUAUGCGGCAUAGAGGAGCCGCUCGGCUGAGUGUAUCCUAACUAGUGGACUAGAGGCUGCCGAUGGUGGCUGGCUGUGGCGUUCACUGGAAACCCGCGAGGUUCUCUUGAUUGAACUUGGUGGUACUUUGAGUUACAUUGUAAUUGGGAUUUCCGUUUGAGUUGUGGCCCCGGAUUGAAGGCCCAGGUACUGACUACGUGUCAUAUGUGUAUAUGUGCAGUCAUAUUGACUGGACUGUGAAAACGAGUAAGCGGCUGCUGUGUUUCAUUUUGUACGAGACUGCUCCUGAGUUCGGACGAAGAAAUAGAACUGGCUGUUGAUAUCAUUUUGUGAUGGAAACUUUUGACGACAGGAACGUAAUGCGGAAACGCUCGGCGUUUAAAGGUCCUAGUGUUAGGCUAGUAAGGGUUUCGGCCCGUUGGCUCCAUCUGAAAGCGCCAGGUCGAGGUCUUUAUUAUGAGUGUGCAUUCCUCGCUAGAAUGUUUCGUCAUUGGCAGACAAUGUAUUAUUUUUAUAUAUUUUUUU